GCGGGAGCCUUCUUGCUCGUGAGUACAAACACACACAAACAUCGCGAUAACUCGUUUGCCACGUGUCGCCGACCUGGGCUAUCCAGGAUCACAGCGAGCUUCUCUUGACCAGAAAAAACACUAUGGUUGGCGCCACUCUUCUUCAUUUCCCAAAAGCUUUCAAUUUUUCAUUCCAUUUUUGUAUUUCUUCUUUUUGUGCUCUCUCUUUAUUUCUUCGAUGGCUUCCAGCCCUGAUAAGGUAGAUUCAUCUGUCCCUAACUUCAACUAUGGUUUAUAAAAUGCCUGUAAUUUCCAGUAUUCUGUAGUUCCAAUCCUCGUGUUUCAAUGGUGGAACCUUUCCUAUGGUUUGGAUGGGUGUCAUUUCGAUUUGCGAGAGCUUGAAGUCUUGCCAAAUUGCUGUUUUAUGGCGGAUUAUUUUCUGGGGUUUGGGUGUUUGUUCCGAAAAUGGUGGUUCAGGGAACUGAAUUGAUUGGUUUCCGGGGAACUCCCCACUUAGCUCCUUUAGGCUGGGUUCUAGGGUUUCGGGAUUUAUCUCGUUGUUUAAUUUUGGGCCUAUCUGUUCAUGAACUGAGAAUCUGUUUUCUAGGGAUUCAAUUGGAGCCUUGCAGUUUGGUUGGGUUUGAUUAGGUGAAUAAUUGGUUCUGAAUCUAUGUUUACCAGUUCACUUUAUUCAAUCGCUUCAGCCCGUUUCAAAAUUAGGGCUGCCUUUUCUCCAGUUUUAAAUGUUUUUACAACAGGCGUCAGCUGCCUGGACUGUCUCUCAAUUCUGUUGUCUUUCGCCUGUGGUGCAUCCACAUAACAAGAAAAGGAGCAAGGAUAGAAGUACUAGUAGGUUUAAUGGACGCCGGUUUUUGACAGGAUUAUUUUCCAGUGAGAUUCACUGGAGGGCUUUGAAUUGUGGGAGUAUUGGAGCAUGCAUGAUAUCGUCGUCUGAUAAUGAAAAAUCAACGAUUGAUUUUAAUUUGAUUGAUUCAGCAACGAGAAGCUUGAAAUCUGGUCAAUUCUUCGUCUCAAGAAGGUUUUCUGAUGAUUUAGACUUUGAAAGAUCAAAUACCAACGUUAGUUCAGACAAGAAACAAGUGAAUGAGCCAGUUCAGAUUGGACCGGCUUUUACAAGCUUGCAAGAAGACCCUUUGGUCGAUAAACUAAGGACCCAACUGGGUGUAAUUCACCCAAUUCCUUCUCCUCCUAUUAAUCGAAACAUUGCAGGCCUUUUUGUAUUCUUCUUCUUUAUUGGGGUGCUAUUUGACAAGCUAUGGACUUCAAGGAAAAGGAGCAAGCAAAGUUUAGAGCCCCGAAGGGGUAUUUUUCCUCAACUUCCAACUGGGUUUUCUCUAUUAUCAGAGAAGGAUCUUCAGAGGAAGGAGACAGUGGAGUGGGUGAAUAUGGUUUUGGGGAAAUUGUGGAAAGUAUACAGAGUUGGGAUCGAAAACUGGAUUAGUGGGUUGCUUCAGCCAGUCAUUGACAAUUUAAAAAAGCCUGAUUAUGUAAGUAGAGUUGAGAUUAAGCAGUUCUCUUUAGGAGAAGAGCCAUUAUCAGUUCGGAGCGUUGAGAGGCGAACUUCUCGUCGUGCCAAUGAUCUACAGUAUCAGAUAGGCCUUCGCUAUACAGGUGGUGCUCGCAUGCUGCUAAUGCUUUCCCUUAAAUUCAGUGUCAUUCCCAUUAUGGUACCUGUUGGUGUUCGUGAUUUUGAUAUUGAUGGGGAGUUAUGGGUCAAAUUAAGGCUAGUUCCAACUGAGCCCUGGGUAGGGGCUGUAUCUUGGGCCUUCGUUUCCUUGCCAAAGAUCAAGUUUGAGCUGUCACCAUUUCGGCUCUUCAAUCUCAUGGCCAUUCCUGUUCUCUCAAAGUUCUUGACCAAACUUCUCACAGAGGAUCUGCCUCGUCUCUUUGUUCGUCCAAAGAAGAUUGUGCUUGAUUUCCAAAAAGGGAAGGCAGUUGGUCCAGUUUCAAUGGAUUUUAAAAAUGGUGUGAUCCAAGAAGGCAACAAAGAUUUUACUGGUGAAUUGUCUGUGACUCUUGUAGAUGCUCAAAAACUGGCUUAUGUCUUCUCCGGAAAGACUGAUCCAUAUGUUGUUUUAAGAUUGGGAGAUCAAAAAAUUCGUAGUAAAAAGAACAGUCAAACCACUGUUAUUGGCCCUCCAGGUGCUCCUAUCUGGAAUCAGGAUUUUCAUUUCCUCGUUGCUGAUCCAAAAAAGCAAAUGUUAUUCAUCCAAGUAAGGGACUCAUUUGGCUUCACUGAUUACACCAUAGCCACUGGAGAGGUUGAGCUUGGGUCUCUUCAAGACACUGUUCCAAUUGAUCGAAUUCUAGUCUUGCAAGGUGGUUGGGGCCUCUUUAGGAAGGGUUCUUCUGGGGAGAUAUUACUUCGCCUGACAUAUAAGGCUUAUGUCGAGGAUGAAGAUGAUGAUGGGGUGAAGGUGGAAUCAAUGGACAGUGAUGCAUCUGAUGAUGAGAUUUUAUAUCCUGAAGUUGAAGAUGGUUCUUUCGCACCAAUGAAAAAAGAUUUGGAUGAUGGCAUGGAGAAUGAGUCCUUCAUGGAUGUUCUGGCUGCCUUAAUUGUAAGUGAGGAAUUUCAGGGCAUAGUCUCAUCUGAAGCUGGAAAGGCAAAGAGUUCUGACGAAGCAACAAAAUCAGAUAAAAGCAUCCCGAAAUCACCCAAUUCCAACUCAGAAACUGUACCUACUGAACCUGAGAGCAGCUCAAAUGGUAGUGAAGGAUCAGCUAUAGUUUGGCUUGCCGCUAUAACUAGCGUAGCAGUAUUAAUUGCUUUGAGUGUGGAUGGAUCAAACAUCUUCAAUCCUUAAUUUAUUACUGGAAUUCUUUUGGCGGUCAAUUCGGGAACUUCCAUUGCAUGAGGUGCUAUUAUAUAUUAUUGUGAAAGUAUUUUAGCAUGCACUUCAGUUUCCUACAGUGAUUUGACUUCACCCCAGCCAUCAGAUGUCAAUAGCAGACAGCUGGGGGGGGCUUAAAAUGGGAAGGGAUUUAUGUUUCCCUUUAGACUUGAUGGCAUCAGUUGCUUCCCAUGACUUGCAUAUACCUUUCUUGAAUUUGUAAAGUUGAUGUUUCUUUUUGUUAUCUGAUGCUUUUUCUUGCUGAGGAACAUUUUCCCUGCGGAAAUUUUGUGUAAUAUGUGUAUUUGAGCUCUUGAGAGGUACUCUCCCUAUGAUGCAUACCAUUGUAACAUCGAUCAAUUCAUUUCAUAUGACUUACCCACCUUUGCAACA